AUGGUCAUAAACUUCAUCAUUUUCCUGGUGGGCUUGGUGCUCAACACGUUGGCUCUUUACGUGUUCUGUUUUCGCACCAAGCAAAAGAGCACCUCAGUGAUCUACACCAUCAAUCUGGCCGUGACUGACCUGCUGGUCAAUCUCUCUCUGCCGACGCGCAUCCUGCUUUAUUUCAGUGGUGGAGCUUGCCUCACCUGCUCGUACUUGCACAUCUUCAGCUACUUUGUCAACAUGUACUGCAGCAUCCUCUUCCUCACCUGCAUUUGUGUGGACCGCUACCUCGCCAUCGUGCAGGUUGAAGCAUCUCGUCGGUGGCGCAACUCUGGCGUGGCCAAAUGUGUGUGUGUCUCUGUGUGGCUGUUCGCCAUCGUGGUCACCUACUCCUUCCUGUCCACUGCCUUCCAACAUACAGGCUGUUGCCUCUCCAAACUCCUCUUCCUCACUCUUACUGAGUUCUUUAUACCCCUCAUCGUCAUCGUGGUGUUCACCCUGCGUAUCGUUUGGGCGCUUGCUGAUCAUCGCCUCAUGCAGCAGAGCAGGAAAAGACGGAGGAGGGCCGUCCAGCUGCUCACCACAGUGCUGAUCAUCUUCACUGUCUGCUUCACACCAUUCCACAUACGACAGGUGGUGGUGUAUUUCUACCCCGAUAUGCCUCACCACGCCAUCGUCUACCAUUUGACCGUCACGCUCAGCAGUCUGAAUAGCUGCAUGGAUCCGGUGGUCUACUGCUUUGUGACAAAUAACUUUCAAGCAACUAUGAAGAAUAUUUUCCGGCGUGCAGAGGCAGAGCAAAGCAGCGGUGACAUCAUCAGCAUGCAGCACAGCUCCAAGGCCUCAGGGGGGGAACCCGCCACAGCCGUCCCUAACAAUGUGAUCAUGAUGAACACGAUUCCCCCGCCACUGCAGAAAGACACUCAGAAGAUUCACACAUUCUAA